CUCAUUGGAAUGAAAAACCUCUAAACCUUUAAAGUGCUUCGUCAGCUUUUGCUGCUUGAAUUACUUUUUUCUAUUGAUAAAAGUAGGUUCAAUAGAGCGAUGUCUGUUUUUCUGCCAAACGUGAUCGAUUCGUAAAUAAUUUACACUGUCUGAGAGUACCUCCUAUCAAUGUAGUAGUGGAUAUCAUUGGCUAAAUUAAAUCUAAUUUCGGAUGAGAAUAGUUUACAUUUCACUGGAAAAAAACGAUGGAAUAAUGCGUGUGUCAGUACGUUUACUUGGAAUACAUGCUAAAGAUCUUUACGUUGUGACGUGUAGAGCUUCUACAAGCUUUAUCCGCUACAGGUAACUGAAAUUUAUAGCAUACAUGUGUGGGGAAGUUAUCAUAAACAUGUGAUUAUCCCAGUACAGGUCAAAAAUAGCUGGAAAAGGAUGGCUGAUGUGGAAUACAAUGCGAUUGUGAUAAAUUCAACAGAGGUGUAUGAAAAUGGAACAGAAAGACAUAAAAAUGGGUGCUCUGAAAUUUACCCACAAGCACCGGAAUAUUACGAAGCGAUGUUGCAGCGGCCCAUUGAAGCUGGGUUUCUCUGUGGCUGCAUUCUGUUGUCCCUUAUAACGAUUCUGGUGUACAUCACAGAAGUUUGCAGCCAACACUAUCGUUAUAAAGAUCCUGGAAAACGACUGAAAGUUUUGAUUCUCCUUGGAAUAUACCCUAUGACGUCAGCCAUGGCCAUGUUUGCCUUACUUGUUCCUAGAACAACUGUACUUGCUGACCUACUCGCCACUUGCUACCUUUCGUUAUGUAUCUACGUAUUUAUUUGUAUCCUGAUACAAUACUACGGUAAUACAGAGGCGAUGAUAGAGACUUUGAACCCAGGCAAGAUUUCUAUACGAACACCGCCUUGUUGUUGUUGUUGCUGUUGUUUUCCAACACUUCAAGUAACAAGCCGAUCAAUACGAUUUUUAAAGACUAUGAUAAUGCAGACGGCCAUUUUACAACCUAUACUUCUCUUCGUAAAAGCUGUUAUAUGGGCUAACGAUCACAGCAGUAUACAUGAGACGGGUUGGAUGUCACCAUUUCUUUACCUCAAUCUCCUAACAGCCGUCAGUACACUUUUUGCCUUGUAUGGUCUCAUGAUUCUAGUCACCGCAUCGCAAAAGAUUCUAGAGAAACAUCGAAUCAAGCUGAAAUUUAUGAUGUUACAGUUUGUAUUGAUAUUCACUAAUCUUCAAACAGCCAUAUUUGGAAUAUUCAUACGAUUCAAGAUGCCACCGUGUGAACACGAAUAUGGCACGAGGGUUCGUGCGUCAUUUUUCAAUCACAUGAUCAUCACAGUUGAAAUGUUCAUAUUGGCUCUGCUAGCUCGUAUAGUAUAUCGUAGAUCUGAACAUCGCAAUCUCAAAGUCACAGCAGACCAUUGGCUUGGCAAAUCUGUCACAUAUGAUACUGUAGCAACAUCAACAAAUGACAUCGAUGUUUUGGUAACCUCUCACUACAAGGACAAAUCAAGCACACCAGUCCAUUUAAUUUAUAGCGAACUCAAUUCAAAUGGUCCGGAAACAAAUUUAUGACGACAAUACUGGCGAAUAGAAAAAUUCAAAAACUGAGUUACAUUGAACAAAAUGUCAUAUUUAAUAUUUUUUGAAGAUACGAACGGAGUAUAUUUGUAUUCUGAUGUUGCAAAAGGCCCUUGGUGACUCUCCAGGUAUUUGUUCAGACACUGACAGCACGGCAACAAGUUAAUUUCCUCAAAGUUUCACCCGAGCUGGAAACGGCAACGGCAGUGAUGUGCAAUCGAUUUCGAGUCAUCUGCCUAAACCAGUCGGCACGGAUACCACUCAUUGUUAUAGUGCAUCAUGUUAGCCUUGUUGGCAGCGUUAUUGGUCAGAUGAAUAAUGUAUUAAUUGUUUGAAGCUCAAUACUUGGCUUAGUGGCGGCUGUGUUCUUUGAGCAUGGCUUUUCUUGAUAUAAUUCAACACUUUUUAUCUCCGUGGGGGGUGGGGGCAAUUUGUUGAAUUCCUUUAUUACAAGUACUACAUGUAAUUAUCAAUGACAGUAUACGUACUUUGUCAUAAAUAUAUUAAAACCAUGACUAAUGGUGUUUUAAAAGAAUGUUUUACUGUUUCACAAAUGUAAGAUCAAUUAGGUUAAAUAAACAUUCCAAUUAUA